GGCCGUCGGGGCCCCGGGACGGCGGCCCCUGGGGGCGCCCAUGCCAUGGAGAAGCUAGCGGCCGGGCUGGCGGGCCUGCGCUGGAGCAUGGGCGCUUUCCCGCUCGACCUCAUCGUUAGCCGCUGCCGCCUGCCCACGCUCGCCUGCCUCGGGCCAGGGGAGUAUGCCGAGGGCAUCAGCGAGCGAGAUAUUCUGCUGAUCCAUUCCUGCCGCCAGUGGACAACAGUGACAGCCCACACCCUGGAGGAGGGCCACUAUGUCAUUGGGCCCAAGAUUGACAUCCCCCUGCAAUACCCAGGGAAGUUCAAGCUUCUGGAGCAGGCUCGGGAUGUGCGGGAGCCGGUGAGAUACUUCAGCAGUGUGGAAGAAGUGGCCAGUGUCUUCCCUGACCGAAUCUUUGUGAUGGAAGCUAUCACCUUCAGUGUCAAGGUGGUGUCGGGCGAGUUCAGCGAGGACAGCGAGGUGUACAACUUCACACUGCACGCCGGCGACGAGCUCACUCUGAUGGGCCAGGCAGAGAUUCUGUGCGCCAAGACCACCAAGGAGCGCUCGCGCUUCACCACGCUCCUGCGCAAGCUGGGCCGCGCGGGGGCACUGGCUGGCGUGGGCAGCCCGGGCAGUGUAGGGGCCGCGGGCGGCGGUGGGGGCGCCAGGCCCAUCAAAGGCAAGAUGCCCUGCCUCAUCUGCAUGAACCACCGUACCAACGAGAGCCUGAGCCUGCCCUUCCAGUGCCAGGGCCGCUUCAGCACGCGCAGCCCACUGGAGCUGCAGAUGCAGGAGGGCGAGCACACGGUGCGCGCCAUCAUCGAGCGCGUGCGGCUGCCGGUAAAUGUGCUGGUGCCCAGCCGGCCGCCGCGCAACCCGUACGACCUGCAUCCGGUGCGGGAGGGCCACUGUUACAAACUGGUCAGCAUCAUCUCCAAGACCGUGGUGCUGGGGCUGGCGCUGCGCCGGGAGGGUCCGGCUCCGCUGCACUUCCUGCUGCUCACGGACACGCCGCGCUUCGCGCUGCCACAGGGCCUGCUGGCGGGGGACCCGCGCGUCGAGCGCCUGGUGCGCGAGAGCGCCUCCUACUGCCGCGAGCGCUUCGACCCAGACGAGUACUCCACCGCCGUGCGAGAGGCGCCCGCGGAGCUCGCCGACGACUGCGCCAGCCCGCGCCGUGCGCGCCUCUGCCUACCAGCGCCGCGCGUGCCCACGCCCGUCCGUGCUCCCCUCGGGCCGGCCCUGCCCGCGCCCACCGGCGACGGCGACCAGGAGUACGUAUGCCCCGACUGGGCCGGUGCGCCCGACCCCGCGGCCGCCGAGAUCCCCUACGAGGAGCUGUGGUCACACCAGGCGCCUGAGAGCCUAGCCGAGGGCCGCGUCCGGCCCCUGCUAGGGCCGGACCUCAUCUCCUUCGCGCCCGCGGGCGCCCCACGUCGGGAGACCGAGGCGUCGCCACCCCCGGUCCCUCCCAAGUCAGAGGCGGUGAAGGAGGAGUGCCGCCUGCUUCACGCCCCUCCUGUGCCUCCCCGAGGUGGUGGCAGCUGCAGCAGGCUCACAGGCAGUCCCCCAGUGCCUUCCCGCUUCCCCAAGCUGCAGCCAGUCCACUCUCCCAGCUCCAGCCUCUCCUACUAUUCCUCUGGCCUGCAGGAUGGGGCUGGAUCCCGCAGCGGCAGUGGCUCCCCAUCACCGGAUGCAUACUCUCUGUAUUGUUAUCCUUGCACCUGGGGAGACUGCAAAGCGAGCGAGUCUUCUAGUUGCCCACCCCCAGGACCCCUACCUUCCACCACUACCCAGCCCAGCCAGGCCUCAAGAACCCUAGGAGAGCCCCUGAAUGGUCAUGCCACCUCCCUCUUGGGGGCUGACACCCCAGUGGUCAAGACCUACCAUGGCUGCCCACCUUUGUUUAAGCCCUCCCACUCCCAGAAGCGGUUUGCUACUUUUGGUGCACUCAACCCCUUCUCUGGGCCUGCCCACCCCUCAGGUGCUUCAGCAGUGGUGGCCUCUUCUGGGUCCACACCCACCCCAGGUACCCUGGCCACCUCCAGCCCCACACAUUCCUCAGGCCCAGCCCUGCAGGGCCAGGCUUACUCAGCUCCUCUACCCUCCUCCCCAUCUGCCUCUGAGUGGCAGGAGCCAGCACUGGAGCCCUUGGACCCCUUCGAACUAGGGCAGGCCAGUCCUCCUGAACCAGAGCUGCUGUGCUGUCAGGAGCCUAGAGCUGUGGGGGCAACUGCUUCUGCAGCCUGCCUUUCACCACUUGCACCUCCCAAGGCCUUUGAGCCUGAAAGUUUGGUGCUGAGGCAGGUCCCCACAUCAUUGUCACCAUCUGCCUUGCAAGGGCCUGAGGCAGGAGGAACCUUACUUUUUCUCACCCAAGGGUGCCUCGAAGGGCCUCCUGCCAGUCCCCGGGAGGGAGCCACAGGUGCUGGAGUACGGGAUGCUUCCUCCUGGCAGCCUCCAGCAGACUUGUCUGCGCUCUCCCUGGAAGAGGUGUCUCGUAGUCUGCGCUUCAUUGGGCUCUCAGAGGACGUGGUGAGCUUCUUUGCCCGAGAACGCAUCGAUGGGAGUAUCUUUGUGCAGCUCAGCGAGGACAUCCUGGCUGAUGACUUCCACCUCACCAAGCUUCAGAUCAAGAAGAUCAUGCAGUUCAUCAAAGGCUGGCGGCCCAAGAUCUGAACUGUCCAGACAGCAGCUACAUGGCCUGAUGGCUGGGAACAGAGACCCUGGGGAUUAGUCAUGGGUCUGCCAGGGACAGCACUCCCAGAGGCAGGUCCUGCCUACAGGGUGAAUGUGGGCCAAGACUGAGAUUGCUCUGUAGGCACCUGUAGAACGUUGCAGGAGAGACGCUGGGAACUGUGGUCUUCUGGGGUUAGACCUGAAGUGGCGCAUCUUUUGUGAAGAAUACCUGGGGAGGAGGUCCAGCUGUGCACCUGCCCUGGUGAGGCAUUUGCUGCAGUGUGGGGAUGGGGUUUGCGUCAGAAGGUGGCCUUUUGGUGGUAGAAUACUUUGCUCUGCUGGAGCCCUUCAUAGACAUCACACACUUCUCAGCCCUGUAGGUAGGGGUCAGAGACAAGGAAAAAUGGCCCAUAACUUAAGCACAGUUUCCCCAAGUGCCCUUUCAUUCAUGCUCUGUAGGAUAUGGCCUGCAGCUGCUCCAGAGUCAGGGGUACAAUUUCUGUGAGGCCUUCUUCCCUCUCCUCCCAAGAUCAGGCACCUGGACAUGGACCCUGGUAGAUCAAGUUACAGGCCUUUGUCAGAGCACCCACGUCCCCACUCUGGGCUCUGCUUCUGCUCUGACCUCACCACAAAUAGCCAUCCUUCUGUUCUUUCCCACAGAGUGCAGUCUGAGGACCUAGUCCCUGGGGGAGUAUAGCCAGAUUUAGAUCAGCAGCUCUUUGAUUCUGGAAGCAAGUGGUGGUCUGCUCCACCCACCCCACCAGUCCCCUGCCCUUUGCACUUGGCUCUGAUGGACACUUGGUGUCCUCCUUGGUGUAUCACUGGCACAGAGAGCACAGUUGGUGGAGGGAAGGCUUCCCUGAGCUCAGUGCUGUACUUGUUGACAUGAUUUAGAGCACAUUUUUGUGCCCUUCAGGCUCAAGCACGGUGACCUGUGUGGCACACAGAGCCCUGGUCAGUGAACAACCCCCCUCUUCCCCAGCACCCCUAACAAAAAGCACACUUCUCAUACCCUCUGCUGUCAGGGUUCCAGAGGUUACAGCUUGCUCGUCUGUCUUCCCAGGCCUACCUAGAUAUUUAUUUCUUGUUUUACUUAUGAGUAGUUUAAGCCAUGCCCAUGCCUGUGCCCCCAGAGUGGAGUACAGAAGCUGAUGCUGCAACAUAUGGUCUCCUCACAGGUCAUUUAAUGAACCCUCAAGGAUUAGGGAAAUAAAGGCUAGACCACAGACUAGUGAAAGUGGGACUCAAGUGUUGGCUUCUUUUCUGGAGCUCCACCAAAACCAAGGGCACAAUGUGUAUACAUCUAGGCAGGGCAGGACUUUGGAAUGGUGUAUGCAUAUGGCCCAUUCAUACACUCCAUUCUUUCUAUAAGCCCCAUUGCAUAAGAACUUCCAGUCUCCACUAAUAUUUCAACAGAAUCUGCACUUACCUGGUGCUAUUUAGAGGGAAGACCCACAAGGCAAAGGUUAUUUCUGCCAGCAGCUGGGGUCAGGUUAACUGCCAACACUUCAGAAAACCUGCCUCCAGGCACUCUCAGACCUGCAGUAGAUGCCUGGGCAUGGCCUUGGUACACAGAAUGAGUUCUGUCUUCUGGCCAUCUGAAAACCCCAGUUGAGGGAUCUCUCUCAGAUUUAGUAUGUUGCUUCCUAGCAAUGAGCUGGAAGGUAAACUCCUCUGGUCUCCCAGUCCCAGCACCAGAGCUAGUGGUGCAAGUGCAGCAGAGGCAGGAGCCACAGGUAGCAUCUGGGCUUAGAAUGCAGAGUAUGAUGGAACUGGAAUUAGGAUUCCAUACACACUCAGUGACUCUGGGGAUCCUUCUGCUAGACCUAGUUAGGAGCCCAGCACUGUUUAUGGAGCCAGGCCCUGCUUCUAUGAGAGCCAGAGUGAGAACUGCUGCCAGUUUUGGGGUAGGAUGAGUUAAAGCCACAGCAGUGAGGUGGGCCUGAUCUGCAGGCAUCCCUCUCUUCCUCGCUUUCGGGCUUGGGGCCCAGACUUGCAGGAUUCCAGAGCAUCAGGUAAAUGUUAUGUUCUUUGUAUAACUCUGUCUCAUAAACACCCUGAGAAGCCAAGGAUGAGGCACGCCAAGAAAAGAAAUGGGUACAAUGAUACGGCAAGAAAAUGAGUGGCAAGAGAACAGCUCUUGCACCCUGGCACACCAUACCUCUUCUGUUUCUACUGUUCUUGAUAACCGGGGCUACAACCCUACCCUAAGCAGCCCAGCCACAGCACUUAGGCAGUUGGGCUUAAAUGGUGGUAGGCACAGAAAGUCCCAUUUUUGAUAUCACAGUCCCUCUUGACUUAUUCCAACAUAUUUCUGCUUCACAGACACAAAGCUUUAUUACUGAAGGGGGUACUUAAGUGGAGGGCAAAGACAAUAAAACAACAAGAAGGCAGAGAGGCUGAUAAUUUGGAUUUUAUUGGUAACCUGUGUUUGGCUGGGUGCAGAAAUGCCCUCACCACCACUGGUCCCCACUGGUCUUCCAGGAGGCACAGGCAGCAAAGAUGGUUCUGGGUUGCUCUUAGCUGCUGCUUUGAGCCUCAA